AUUAGAUGUAGUAUGAUCACACCAAUAUAAAUAGUAUGAGGCUAUGAGCAUGAAAAUGUUUAGAAGAUGUUUAGAAAUAGGGAAAACUGUUAAUUAAAUCCUCGAACUAAAAAAACACUCAAUUGAGUCUAUCAACUUCAAAAAACAAUCAAAUUUGGAAUUUAACAAGUGAAGAUCCGGUCAUCCGAUUGUUUGGAAGAUGUGGCUGCCCAUGUGGAUUUUUUUUCUUUUUCUUUUUUUCUUCUUUUCUUUCUUGUUUUCCUUCCGCGCCACAUCUCUUUCUUCUUGUUCUUUCAUCUUCUCGGCAACCCUCUGUACGAACAUUUCAUCUUUUCUUUAUUUCUUUCUUGGAUUUUUCGUUUCUUUCUCCCAUCCAUACUGCUCCCGCUUUUGUUUCAUCAUUGUGGUCAUCGUUGUCAUUCUUAAUUAUUUAAUUUAGGAACUCCGGCAAAGACUUGAAAAGGUGGCAUGGCGGCGGAUAUCCUGUUGGCUAAUGUGACCUCAUUGGUGUCAGUGUUCGUCUGCAAUGACGAGAAUUAGCUCGGGAAGGCAUCCACGACGGCGAGGACGAGCUCAAAAGUCCGGCGUAUGUUUCUGCACCUGCGGUGAUAUGAUGAUGGUGGCUUAGCUGACGAACUUGGAAUUCCACCAUACAUCUUCUACACCUCCGGGAGGAUGGAAUCUUGGCCAAAGAGCUUGAAAUUCCGGCGAACAUUUUUCUACACACCUGGCGCCGCCGUGCUUGGCCAUAGAUGGCUUUUUGGCCGACGAGAUCGAAAAUUCAACGUCCGUGCUCUACACUUCUACACCUUCGGCGCCAUCGAUCAAGCUCGUGCUUGGCCGGCCAAUUAUCAGACUCAAAGAAAAGGAAUGAAGAAAAGAAAGGGAGAAGAAGAAGUUGGGCUAGUGAAAUGGCAGAAGAAAAGAUGUUGCAGAACAGAAUGGGGCAGGAGAGAUGAAAAGAAAAAGAAAGAAAAAAGGGAAAAUUAAAUAUAUAAAAAAAAAACACAAAUGGAUAGCCAUAUCAACGUUAUCACCGGGUAACUAGAUCUUCACUUGUUAAAUUUCAAUUUUGACUAUUUUUUAAAGUUGAAGGACCUAAUUGAGUGGUUUUUUAAUUCGAGAACUUGAUUGACUUUU